AUGGCUCUGGCGAUACUGCGGGACUGGUGCAGGUGGAUGGGCGUGAACGCUCAGCGAUCUCUGCUCAUCCUGGGCAUCCCGGACGACUGCAAAGACCAGGAAUUCCAGGAGGCUGUGCAGGCUGCCCUGUGUUCCCUGGGCAGGCGGGAGCUGCAGCCGGGCCACGGGGAAGAGUCCUUUGAGAGCUGGCUGGAGCAGGCCAACGACAUGCUGCACCUGUGGCGCCACGUGUCGGAGAGGGAGAGGAGGCGGCGGCUGGUGGAGAGCUUGCGCGGCCCCGCGCUGGACCUCCUGUGCGGCCUCCUGGCGGAAGAUCCCGAUCUGGCUGCCCAGGACUGCCUGGCCGCGCUGGUGCAGGGGUUUGGGAACAAGGAUCCCCGGGUGAGCGCUCGGCUGAAGCUCCUGACCUGUGCCCAGCGGCCUCGGGAGACUCUCUUUGCGUACGUCAUGCGCCUGGAAGGCCUGCUGCAGUCGGCCCUGGAGAAGGGGGCCAUCCACCCGGCCACGGCGGACCAGGUGCGCGCCCGGCAGGUGCUGACGCGGGCCCGGCUGAACGACGCGCUCCAGAAGGAGCUGAGGAGGAUGCGGCUGAUGCGGAGGCCUCCCGGCUUCUUGGGGAUGCUGCGGCUCGUCCAGAAGGCCGAGGCCUGGGAGGCCGACCCGGCCAGCAGUGAGCAGUUCCCAGGGGGAGAAGAGGCCCGUGUGGACGUGGCAGUCCUGGCAGCAGCCGCCCAGGCCGCCCCGGCCCGUGAGGCCAUCACCGAGGGCACCACUGCAGAUGGCACCAAGGCCUCCCCGGCCGGUGAAGAUACCACCGCCCAGGCCGCCUUUUCCAAGGAAGGUAGCGCCGAGGACCACCCAGCGCGUGAAAAGGCCAGUGAGGCAGUUGCCGGCACUGCCAAGGCUGGCGAGGCGGCCCCUGAAGAUCAUGGUGCCGCCAGGGCAGCCCCUGGCCCUGGGGAGACCAGCAAGGCCUCCGCGGCCACUCAGGAAGAUGGAAGUGCUCCCGCCCCUGCGGGCCUAGGUCAGGCAGGACCCUCAGGUGCCCCCGGGGCCCCCAUGCCUGGCCGGGUGGGCAGUGCUUCCCCGGUGGCCCCAGGAGGUCUGGGCUGGGAGCCAGAGGGCCUUGCCCAGGCAGGAGGCCAGGAGGCCGAGGAGCCCCCCGAGGAGGGGCUCAAGCCCAUCCCGGAAGUGCCGGGAAAUGAGGACGGGGCUGCAGAGAUGAGCCCCCCGGGGUCCUCCUCGGGCCAGUAG